GUAUAUGGUUUUCUUCUCCUUCAUUUUAAAUGCAAUGUCUAAAUUCUUGAAGCAGAUAAAGACUACAAGCUUAGUGCCAACCAUUACAAAUCUACUCCUAAACACUUUUAGAUUAUGUCUCUCUCUGGAACCCCAACGUAGGAGAAGAGAAAAUGGUUAAUUACAUUCUCACGAAAGGGAUCAUCCUUCUCGUUAUCACCCUCCUCCUUCCGUUCAUCGAAACCGCCGCCGGCUGCGGCUGCAAUACAACCACCGCCCAGCCAGCAACUCCUCCUCCUCCGCCGCCAGCAGUUUUCGCAGAUCACAGGCUAGCCAGAGUUCAUCCCAUCAUCCAGAGAUUCAAGAAGUCCAUCACCAGCGACCCGUUUGGAGUGACCCGGACUUGGGUCGGCCCCGACGUCUGCAAUUACACCGGCUUCUUCUGCGAGAGCCCGCCGGACAACAAAUCCGCCAUAGCUAUUGCUUCCGUCGAUUUCAAUGGGUUUCGUCUCAAGGCCCCCAGUCUCGAUGGGUUUCUUGAUCAGCUCCCUGACAUUGCGAUCUUCCACGCCAAUUCCAACUAUUUUUCGGGCACGAUUUCUCCUGAAGUCGCCAAAUUGCCCUACCUUUACGAGCUCGAUCUCAGUAACAAUCUGUUCUCCGGGCAGUUCCCGGUUUCGAUUCUUGGUAUAAAGAGUCUGUCUUUCUUGGAUCUUCGUUUCAAUUCUUUCUCCGGGUCGGUUCCGCCAGCACUCUUCGCCAUGGGUCUCGACGCCCUGUUCCUGAACAACAACGGGUUCACUCAGAGCAUGCCGGAGGUUUUCGCCGGCCGGUAUUACUACCUGACAUUAGCCAACAACAGGUUCUCCGGUCCGGUUCCGGGCAGCGUCUGGGCAGCCCUGUCGGGAUCAACGGAGGUUCUGCUGCUCAACAACUCCUUCGCCGGGUGCCUUCCUAACGAGAUCGGGUUGUUGGAGGACGUUCUGAUGAUCGACGGGAGUUACAACCGGCUGACGGGGCGGUUACCUUGGUCGUUAGGGCGGCUGCGAAGGGCGGAGGUGCUGGGCUUCGCCGGGAAUGAGAUGUACGGGGAUGUGCCGGAGGCGGUGUGCGCGCUGGGGAAUCUGGUGAGCUUGUCGUUGGCGGACAACUAUUUCAGCCGGGUCGGACCGGUUUGUUUGGGAUUGAUCGUGAGAGGGGUUCUUGAUGUGAGGAACAAUUGCAUUCCAGGGAUGCCGUUCCAGAGACCCAUCUCUGAUUGUUUAGAUUUCUUUUCUUCUCCGAGAUAUUGUCGGCAGACAUUUUCAUAGCUCAAAGCUUCUUGUUUUUGCUUAUCAAUAGAAAGUCAACCAUACAUACAUCCUUCAAAUACUUUGGUCACACGCCAACUCAUGUAUAUUAAUACUCUAUCCUUAAAUCAUUUACAAAUUUUGACUUCAAAGUCAAAAUCAAUUUAUAGAGUGAAAUUGAAGGGGAGUGGGGGUGUGUUUGGAUCAGGCGAGUGAGGGGUUUACCG